UGUAUGACCUCGGUUAGCAGAACAAACAGCUGGGUAGAUCACAACAGCUUAUUUCUCACGUUUUCACACUAUUUCUUACAGACUUAAUUGUAGUAUGGCAACAAAGUUAGUUCAGUGGCUUACAGGCCUCAGUCUAUUUUUCAGUGUAUGGGCAUCCAUAGUUUUUGAUCUUGUACCUGUUAGUUUUGACCAAAGAAUAUAUCAAGUUGUACUUCCACUUCCCAUUUACCUAGUAAUAGCUUUUGGGUGUUACGCAUUAGCGGUUGUUGGAUAUAGAACCGCAACUUUUAAUGAUUGUGUGGAAGCUGCUGAAGAAUUAAAAGAGGAGAUCAUGCAAGCAAAAGCUGACCUCAAAAAGAAGGGACUCAAGAUGUCAUGAACUCAGCUAAAUUAUGCAAGAAAAGAUUUAUUUCAAUUUUUAUACGCUUUAAAUUCUAUCACGCUGACAAAGUCUAAUAUAAUUUGUUUUUAAUAUCCUGUCCUACUGAACAAAUAAACUAUAUCAUGAUUUCUUA